UACUUGCAACAGCAGCAGUUGAUUCAACAGCAACGUGGUAUGUUUUAUCCUCAAGUCGCUUAUCCAAUGAUGGCCAAUAUAAAACCAUCCGACAGAACACAUGGUGUAUUUUCUACCUAUCCAGCGCGUCUAAAGCAUUCGAAUGAUAAUGCUUUGCUCUUACCAGAAUCAUAUCUUACGAAUAAAAGAACACGCUUUGCUGGUAGUGAAUCUGACGAUGACUUUUAUGUGGAUGAAAGCGAUGAAGAUGAAGAAGGAAAUAAAGAAAGAGAAGAAGAAGAUAAGAAAAGAUCUGUAAAUAAGUCAAAUCAAAAUGGACAAACAAGACCUGAUUGGCCCAAGAUUACAAGAAAGAAGAAUAAUUUGUAUUAUUCAGAUUUGGAUUUAACCAAGAUUUCAGAAAUUGAAGAAAUACUUGUGCCUGUACGAUUAGAUAUUGAUAUUGAUUCAAUUAGACUGAGAGAUAGAUUCUUGUGGAAUAUGAAUGAACAAUAUCUAACACCAGAGAAAUUUGCAGAGAUGUUAUGUGAAGACUUGGAAUUGCCACAAUAUAAAUUUGUUCAACCCAUUGCUGAUUCAAUACGCUCUCAAGUCUUGGAUUUUGAAAGCGUAAAUACAAUACAGCUACCAAAAACACAUGCACGCGUCUUGAUAAAGCUGGAUUUACAAAUUGGAAAAGUGAAUUAUAAAGAUCAGUUUGAGUGGGACUUGCAGAAUGAUAAUACCAACGCGCCAGAGGUAUUUAGUAGACAGCUGGCUGCUGAACUUGGUGUAGGUGGAGAGUAUGUGGGUAUUAUAUCGCAUGCGAUACGCGAACAAUUAUUUAGACAUAAAAAGCAAUAUGUUGAAGAGCUCAUGAUAGAAGGAGAAAUCAGAUCUGCAUUAGAUAAUGUGUAUCGGCCAAUGGAUGAAACUAAGCAUUGGGAGCCACAGAUAGAGACAUUAUCCAAUGAUGAAUUAGAGAAAUUAUUGAUAUCACAAGAAAGAAAUAUAAGACGAAUGAGAAGAGAAACACGAUUCAAGAGGUCGACUCGUCGUAUCAGUAAUUAUUAAACAUUUAAUCAUUAUGCACCUAAUAAUAAAAGAAUCAACAGUUACUCCCUAUGACAGACUUAAUUUCAAUUGCAUACAAGGUGAAAAGACGGCUAUUGCAAAGUGAUAUUACGUAGUUGAUAAUGAAGCCACUGCCAGAAUAAAACUUGACUGAUUGUUUUUAUUAAAACCAAAAAAAAGAAGAGAAAGUUCAUGCUGCCAGCAUCAUCUAUCAGUCAUGAAAGAAUAAGGUUCCAAAGAUACGGUCGCCAAGCCCUUAAAGCUUGCUGUAAGGGACGCUACUACUUCGGUCUGUUCUCUCUUUUCAAAGUUUUUGAAAUAUAAGAUUAAUUCGAAACAAAUAAAAAAGGCUAUGCUGUCAGGCGCGUUUACUACAUGGAUUACACAAAAGAGCAAUGUCUAUGUGUCAUUUAUAUUUCUCACAGACUACAAAGCUACACUGAUGACAUUAUAUGUAAAUAGCAACCAUAGAUCUUGUCUU